CUUGUUGCCGAGGGAGCGGCGGCAGCGGUGGCGGCGAUGGGACCCCGGCGAGAGAUCUGCGGCUAGCUGGCUGCACUUGCUCCACGGGUCAGGGAAACGAAGGGAGCAGGACUGAAGAAUGUGCCGUUAAAAAGAAAGUUUAAAGAAUAAACAAAAAGAGGAAGAGGACUUCAAAGCUGGGAAGGAUGAGUUCUUGCAGCAAUGUCUGUGGGUCCCAGCAGACACAGGCUGCUCCCGAGGGUGGGUACCAGCGCUACGGAGUCCGGUCUUACCUGCACCAGUUUUAUGAGGACUGCACCACCUCAAUCUGGGAGUAUGAGGAUGAUUUCCAGAUCCAGAGAUCACCUAACAGGUGGAGCUCAGUAUUCUGGAAGGUCGGACUCAUCUCCGGCACAGUCUUUGUGAUUCUCGGACUGAUUGUUCUGGCGGUGGGCUUUCUUGUGCCCCCCAAAAUCGAAGCCUUUGGUGAAGCUGAUUUCGUGGUGGUCGACACACAUGCUGUUCAGUUUAAUGGAGCCCUUGACAUGUGCAAGCUGGCGGGAGCCGUGCUCUUCUGCAUUGGGGGCACAUCCAUGGCUGGGUGCCUGCUGAUGUCAGUGUUUGCUAAGAGCUACUCCAAAGAAGAAAAAUUCCUGCAACAAAAGUUCAAAGAGCAGAUUGCAGACAUCAAGGCCCACACCCAGCCUAUUACAAAAGCUCCAGGCCCUGGGGAAACAAAGAUACCAGUCACUUUGUCCAGGGUUCAAAAUGUCCAGCCUGUAUUGGCAACCUGAACCAUCCUCACCCCCACCACCACCUCCUCAUCCUCUCCUCUCUAAUUUACACACAUGGUUACAAUGAAGCAGGCCAGCUUUUGAGGUGAUAAGGAUUGGGCAUUGAUUUGUCCCAUGGCUAUGCUCGGCUAUGGGCAGCAUAGGGCAUGAGCUCACACACUCAGCUCAGUGGCUCUAAUGAGGGUGGAUGCCAUGUGUCAACCUGAGUACAGGCACCCAGCUGCUUAGAGGGUGCUGCUGUGUGCCCGCCAAGAGCCCUCUGAAACUCCCCUCUCAUAGAUUGUGGCUUAGUGUCAUGUUCCGUGUUAUUGGAAAGCCCUGAACAGUUUAGACCAGCCUACCAAACACUGACGUGGCCUGUUUUAUUUUCUAACGUUGGUUUUUCUAAUAUUCCCUGUGUGGUGCUACCUACCAUUCCUGUCUCACUGUGUGUAAGAUAUUGUCAUAUGUGGUCUUAGAAAAAUCAAGUUCCCUGAUUUUGACCCAAACAUUAUUAACCUUCUAACUAUAUAAGAUAUAGUUAAGAACACGAGGUUCUUGAGAUUGGAUAUAUUUAUCAGAGUUCUUCACAAAUCUUUUUUCUUUUCUCUAGUUUUCUUUCAUGUAAGCUAAAAUAUAACCUUAGGAGGAAAAUUUGUGUUGGGAGUAUCUAUUGAUGUAAGCAGUAUCCAAAUGCACUUAAUCAGAAGCCAAGAAAUUUGAUUCCUACUGAGAAACAGCUGUGUGACCUUGGGGAAAUCAUUUAACUUCCCAGGCCUCAGUUACCCCAUUUAUAUGGGGUCCUGGGCUGUAAUGUCUGAGAUCCCUUUUCCUGCCAUGUGUCAUUGGGUCUCCCCAACCCCCAGAAUGUUUACAAUGUCCUAUGGCCCUCGCCACAGUGAGGUGAGGUUCUUUGAGACUUGAACUCCAGGAGAGUCUCCAAGUCAGCGGCCUCCGUCCACCUACCCUUAAACAUGUAACCCAGCAGUUUAUAUGAGGCUGCAAUAUUUUUAUAAAGACGAAAGUAAGCCAUCCUCAAAUAAGAAACCACUGAGUAGAUAUUAACAUUAAAAGGGAUUUUCUUUCUCCAAUAAGACAUUUUAUUCUCCAGCAAGAUAUUCAUCUCAUCCCUUUGCACUUUUAUUUAAUCUGCGAAUUUCAAUGGACUGAGGAAAAUGGAAGAUGUGACCUUGGUAUUCAUUCUGUCAGAAUUGGUGCCCCUUCGUAUUUUGUUUCCCCCUUUUCCCUUUCCUUCACUGGA